AUGCCUUCAGUAGAAAUACCUUCUUUUGUCAAAGCUAACCUCAAGCACUUGGUUCUAGCUGACAGUGACUUUGAUAAACCCGGUGACAUUGAUCUUUUGUUAGGCGCAGAUAUUUUCCAUAGCAUUUAUAAUGGUCAACGACUUGAAGUAGGCCCGGGUCUACCGGUAGCCCUACAUAGUGUAUUCGGCUGGGUUAUCACGGGCAGGCUCGACGCUGAGUGUUCGCCUCCAGCUGAAACGUCUACACUUUUGGCUUCCACAGCUGCCUUAGACAAUGUGGUCAAGCGAUUCUGGGAGGUAGAAGAGCCGCCUAAGCAAACGAUUGUCAACCCGGAAAAUGAAAAAUGUGAACAGAUUUACACAGACCUUGUUCGACGCAACGAAGAUGGAAGAUACGUAGUACCUAUGCUACUAAAGGAAGAACAUGAGCAGUUAGGAGACUCUCAUCGCACGGCCUUAUCCAGACUUCAUAAUUUGGAGAAACGGUUCCUUCAUCACGAAGACCUGAAACACGAUUAUGGAGAAUUCAUGCAAGAGUAUCAAGACUUACAUCACAUGCAUCAAAUUGAACCUUCUGACACAGAUUUUAGAUAUUUGAUUCCGCAUCACUGCGUCAUCAGACCUGACAGCACGUCAACGAGACUGCGUGUAGUUUUUGACGCGAGCGCGAAGACAUCUAGCGGCAUAUCUCUUAACGAUAUUGUCUACACAGGUCCAAAACUUCAAAACGAUAUCGUUGAUAUUAUUACAAAAUUUCGUUUACACAAAGUAGUCUUCACAGCCGACGUUUCCAAAAUGUAUAGAAAUAUCGAACUUCGUCCAGAGGACCGCAAGUAUCAACAUAUCCUGUGGCGUAGCUCCACUUGUGAUGAAGUUCGUGAAUAUGAACUUAAAACUGUGACCUACGGCGUGAGCAGUUCACCAUUUUUAGCCAUCCGUACGCUACACCAGCUAGCAAACGAUCACGGUGCAUCAUGGCCUGAAGCUGCUUCCAUUCUGCGUCAUGACACGUUCAUGGAUGACGUCACCGCUGGCGCUCCUUCAGUUGAAGCUGCCUUAAAUCUGAAAGACGGAAUUAUUAAUUUGCUGAAUUGUGAAAAUGACACAGAGUUUUUGGAAAAUUUGGCAAAGAGAUUACCUUCAUACACUGCAGCAGAGAUGCAAAUGGUUCAAAGACCAAGUCAAUGUGCAAGUGGGUGA